AUGUUUGCAUCAUCCAAUGUCUGGCCAGCAUUGUAUGCCCACGACAGUCCCGACGAUGCAGCCACCUCACAUCCUGAAGAUCCAGUGUCUCUGCCCAACCAUUGGCAAAAUUUUGUCAGAGUCAUUUGCCAUUGGGACCCCAAUGGAGGGAGUGGUGAUGAAAGAUUCAGGGACGUACUCCCUCAACCCCCACUGACUGUUCCUGCAGAAAUCUGCCACCUACCACCGCAAUCUAUUGGGUGUGUUAUCAGCCAUGAGGACCACCCAGGCAUACCAGUGUGCCCAGUGUUUUGUACCCCCCCUAACAUCCUUGGGCUCAUGUGUCAGUACUUCUCUGAUACAAUGCCAUCCCACGAUCCAGAAGAGUAUGUGACUACGAUGGACCUCUCCUUCAUUCCUACAGUACCUCAGGAUCCUCCUAUUCCAAGUAGCAAUGCUCUCUAUCAUCCCUAUCCCAAUCAUUCCUCAUUCCAGCUCAGUGAUUGGUACUGGAACCAGGGACUCCAAAUGUCUCAAGCAGACUAUAUGAAACUGUUGGAAAUAAUGGGCACCAGUGAUCUCAACCCUGCUGAUGUGAGCUCUACAAAUUGGAAGAAUAUUAACUCUAUGUUGGGUGCGAAUGAGUAUGAUGAGGGAGACAAGGAUGAAUGGCAUAAUGAAGACACUGGAUGGAAGAGAAUGCUGAUCUCCAUCUACGUGCCUUUUUCCCAUACCACGCAAGUACCAGGGUCCCAGGUAUAUGAAGCCGCACAUCUCUACCAUCGGUCACUAGUCUCUGUCUUGCAGGAGAAGCUCUCAAACUCUUGA